AGCUGCCCCCACCCCCACCCACCACCCCCAUUGGCUGCCCGGGCCUGCAGCGCCGCGCCCCACCGCCCAGGAGGAAUAAGAGGCGCCCCACAACACUCCUGCCACUCUGGACGCCACAGCCAGGAGGUGACAGGAGCGGCCACCAGGAGCCACUGACGAUGUCUGAGCUGGAGAAGGCCAUGGUGGCCCUCAUUGAUGUUUUCCAUCAAUAUUCCGGAAGGGAGGGCGACAAGCACAAGCUGAAGAAAUCUGAACUCAAGGAGCUCAUCAACAAUGAGCUUUCCCAUUUUUUAGAGGAAAUCAAGGAGCAGGAGGUGGUGGACAAAGUCAUGGAAACUCUGGACAAUGAUGGAGACGGCGAAUGUGAUUUCCAGGAAUUUAUGGCCUUCGUCGCCAUGGUUACCACUGCCUGCCACGAGUUCUUUGAACACGAGUGAAACGGAGAGAGCUGUUCCUGUGGCAGAGACGAAGGUCACACAAGGACGCAGAGGGCAAGGGCUUGCAGGCUAGUAGGAGCUGAGCUUUCCAGCCGUGUUGUAGCUAACUAGGAAGCUUGAUUCGCUUUGUCAAUGACAAAUUGAAAACCUCUUUCCGAGGGCCGUCUUCCAAUGGCCCCGGUCACUAUCCCUGCUCCGUUAGGCACACGUGUUAGCUGACUGGCCCCAGGGACUCGGUCACGACCACUUAGGAGAGUGGGUUCUCGGUCACGGAGCGUGUGCUCCACCCGCCGGCACGGCUGUGGAGAACCCUAACCCAGAAAGAUCAAACCGGAACCAAAAACGACCCUGAACACUGGUGGCUUCCUUAAGUCUCCACCAUUGCCAAACACACAAAGUUUUGCCCACCAUCCUUUGAAAAGGCUGCCCUCCCUUAAAUCUGUUAUCAUCGGCGCACAGGAAUGUGCGCGGGGCACAUCGUGGCGGCGCGGUGACAGCGAUGAGCUGUGGUGAGCUGUGACCCCGGGGAAAUACUCAAUACUAACGGCCCUAAAGGAGGAACAUGUCUCCCAAGCCACCAAGUACUGGCAUUUUAAUGCUGACCGCAACUGCGGGUCACAGUUCCACACUCAGCGCACCUCCCCUGAGAGGCUCACAGCUCGCUGGGUCUGUGGGGGGACGCGUGAGCGGCAGGGGGAGCACCGCCCGCCCGCCCGAGCAGGGUUCCGCUCCCGUCUCGGGAGGCAGGCGUUGUGCAAGUAACUCUCUUUGCUUGGCCUCCUCUCCUGUCCCUAAGGCGGUGGGUUCCUAAAGGGACGUGUCCGGUCUGUUGGUGUCAUUCCCCGCUUGUCUGUGCCCGGCCGGGGUCUGCCCACGGCUGUUGGGAGAGUCAGUGCGUGUGCAAAGCUGAACUUUAUGCUUGGGUAUCCACGAAUUCAAAUGUGUCCUAAAUAUUAACAAUCACUUCCAGGAAAAUUCAAAUUAACCUCAUCCACCCCUUUAUCUGCUGCUUUUUUUUUUAAGUGCACAGACUUGGAAAUUCAUAAACCAAUUGAUUGCUUGUAUUUGCAUUAAAUAAAGAGUCCCGUAACAAUCCUCCGUAGCC